AUGGGGAAAGCCAAAAACCUCAAAGAAGGCAAAAAUGCCAAAAAUGCGAAGAGUCACUUCAAAGCCCGAAUGGAGUUCUUGGAGAAGGCCGCGAAUUAUUUGCAGGCAGCAACGACCGCCACAGUUCCAGUCUCAGUACCAGCACAAGAAACUGAAAGAGAUGAUCAAGAAACCUGCAACAAAGAGCCAGGAGAACACAUGGUGCCGGAGCACACUUUCAACGCUGCAAAAGAUGUUGUGGAUUUGGAAACCAGCAUUCAAAGCUGUGAAACGAGCAAAAAGCCCUUGGCAAACAUCUCAAGAGUCUAUAUCUCACACAUGCGCGGAGUGUCCCUCAAGACACUGACCCGUCUUCCCAUACCAACCAAACGAUCGUUUUGCAAGCGUUGUGAAACACCUCUCGGCUCCGGGGAGAUCCAAAACGCCAGCCGAGGACGCAAGAAACCAUGGGCUGAUGUGAAAGUCAUACGUUGUCUAGUAUGUGGAACCGAGAAGCGAUUCCCCAUGACAGGGCGUAAAAGCAAGAAGCUUGUGGAACGGCGACAGCAGAAGCAGGCACAGGCAGAGGCAGAAGUGCUGGUGCCAGCGCAGGCGCAAACGCAAACCACCCAAAUCCAGAACGAAAUAUCGUGA